GGAUAUAUCGUAAAUUGAUCGUGUCAUUUCUUUUCGUAACGGGUUGUCGCGAGGGCAGGUCCACGCAUUAAAAUCAAAGAAAGAAAAAAAAGAUGAGAUUUUUCGAAAUAUUCUCGUUGUUUUUCGUGCUGGGGGCGUUCUCCUUGGCCGAGGAGGAAAUCAAAAGUGAGGAGGGCGUGCUCGUAUUGACCAAAGACAACUUCGAGCAAGCCACCACCGAAAACGAGUUCAUCCUGGUGGAAUUUUAUGCCCCAUGGUGUGGUCACUGCAAAGCCUUGGCUCCCGAAUAUGAAAAGGCUGCCCAAACAUUAAAAGAAAAAGAAUCGGCCAUCAAGUUGGGUAAAGUCGAUGCCACCGAACAGAAUGAAUUGGCAGAGAAAUUCGGUAUUAGGGGAUAUCCAACCCUUAAGUUCUUCAGGAACGGUUCUCCAAUUGAUUACAGUGGAGGACGUCAAGCUGACGAUAUCGUCAACUGGCUCCUGAAGAAAACCGGACCGCCAGCGACCGCUCUACCAACCGUAGAAGACGCCAAGAAAUUCCUCGAAGAGCCCAACGUUGCUGUGGUGGGUUUCUUCAAAGAUCAGUCCGGCGAUUUGGCCAAAGCUUUCCUGGCUGUGGCUUCUGGAAUUGACGAUAUUCCAUUCGCUAUCACCGACAGCGAUGACGUUUUCAACCAGUAUGAAGUCAAAGACGGCACCGUUGUACUUUUCAAGAAGUUCGAUGAGGGACAAGUCGCAUACGAAGGCGAAGCAAACGAAUCGAACCUCAAGAAGUUCAUCCAAUCCAAUUCCCUCCCAUUAUUGGUCGAAUUCAACCACGAAACCGCCCAGAAAAUCUUCGGUGGCGAGAUCAAGAGUCACCUGCUGCUUUUCUUGAAGAAGGGCGAGGAAUCGUUCGAGACCGUCUCGGAGGCCGCCCGUAGUGUCGCCAAACCGUUCAGGGAGCAAGUUUUGUUCGUGACCAUCGACACCAACGAGGAGGACCAUCAAAGGAUCUUGGAGUUCUUUGGUAUGAAGGCCGACGAGGCGCCCGCCGCCCGUUUAAUUAAACUAGAAGAGGACAUGGCCAAGUACAAGCCGGAGAGUGCGGAAUUGACCGCCGAGAACUUGCAGAAGUUCGUUCAGGACUUUUUGGACGGUAAAUUGAAACAGCACCUGUUGAGCCAGGAGAUUCCCGAGGAUUGGGACAAACAACCCGUCAAAGUCUUAGUAGCUGAAAACUUCAACGCAGUAGCUUUCGACACCAACAAAGACGUCUUGGUGGAGUUCUAUGCCCCCUGGUGCGGACAUUGCAAACAACUCGCUCCAAUCUACGAUACCGUCGGCGAACACUUCAAAGAUAACGAGAAUGUGGUGAUUGCUAAAAUGGACGCGACCGCCAACGAACUGGAAACCAUCAAAGUCACCUCCUAUCCGACUCUGAAGAUGUUCAAGAAGGAAACCAACGAAAUCGUGAACUACGACGGCCCGAGAACGUUCGACGGUCUGGUCAAGUUUGUCGAGUCCGGCGGUCAAACUGAAUAUCCAGAAGAGGCGUCCGAAAGCGAGGACAGCGACGGAAAACCCAGCAAAGAUGAACUGUAAAUCCAGAAUUUCUUAAUUAUUUAAAAUCCUCUUAGUACGUUAAGUUACUUUAAAAGAAAAAAGUAUAUUUUGUAAAAUAAUGUAAUGCGCAUGUUGAAAUAGCAUGUUCUCCAACUCCAAAUUUGUGGCAUUUAUGAGGUCGAGUGAACGUUUUUCUUUUUGUGCUUAAAAACCCGAUUUGUGGCUCCCGAUAUUAGUGAUCUUAAAGUUGUUUAUAGUAACAUCCAUUUCAAGGGGGCUCAGAUCGGGUUAAUCAUAGUAUCUCUAUUAAUAAACUGUUUAACUAUAGAGUUUUAAGGUUGUUUUGAGACUGUUCUUUGUAUGUAUUUUUUUUAAAUAAAUUUUAUAGUAGUUCAGGGUUGUCUUACAAAGUGAGAUCUGUGUUGGAUCUAUUACUGGUUUUAGGUUAUUACGCACAGUAUGUUGGAACCUGUAUAUAUGGAAUUAAUAAGUUCGUGUAUUUUGUUAUUUGGAAAUAUAUGAAAUUGUGAAAGGAAAA